GCAUCACCUCUGAACUAUAAUAUUGUGAUUUGAUCAUUUGAAGAAUUGCCUAAGGGAUCCAGGACCUGUGACAUUAUAAUCCAGGUGUGCUUCUCGGACGUUAUCUGUUGGUGUAGGGCUUUGUUUGUGACUCUUAAUGUCAGAUUUUGGGCAGUGUAAAAGGCUGAGCUGAAAUUGAGGUCACUGUUGAGCCACUCUUACAUGAGGAACUGAUAGCACUCACUUAUAUUACACCCCAAAUGUUCCUUUUGAUAUUUGUCUAUACAUCACCAACACUAAUUGUUUAAACAUCUAAAUUAUUGGGUACAUCAGCAGAAAAAAAAUAAGAGGACGAUUAAAAAAAAUGUCUUGUAUACUGAUUUAACACUGAUUUAAUUAGACAAAUUGUGCUUCUACAAAAUGCAUUCAUUUCCCAGUGGACUUGUCAGUGUUUUUUUAAUAUUACCUCACAGCGGAUGGUAAAAAAGAAAAGGCAAAAAUACUUCUCCACAAAUUGACCAAAAUAAGUACAAAUAUAAAUCACAGUAAAUCUGCAUAAGUGUAAGCCCCCUUUACUAUGAGACACCUAAUCAUUAGAGGGAGAUCCAGUUAAGAUCACACAAUAUAAUAUGUGUAACAGAGACCCAAAUCACUGCUUCACUCAAAUAGAAGAGCAGCUGUUGCUUCAUGUCAGAAGCAAAGAGAAAGCCAGGGGCCAACCACAAAAAAACAACAACCUCAAAACAAGUUUGUGUGGUCCGUGGUCUGAUGGACACAUCAGUUCUCAAACAUUUACUUCUCAGCUUGAAAAGUCCCCCAAAAAAUCCUGGCUGAUUGAGAGCAGCUUUGUACCUCCACAUAAUCCUGACUUGAUGUGUGUUAUGUGUUUGUAAUCAUUUAGAUAGGUUUUAUAUGAAUGAAUAUUUUCAAAUUAUUACAAAACGAUGAAUUAGCGUUCCUCUCCUAGUUGAGAUUAUUUCACUGAAUGAUAAUUUUUGGUCAAGGUACUUUUGAAUUUACCAGGCCGAUUUUGAUUGGCAGACUCAACAUUGGAAAUAUGCAAAAACUUAACAAUACAAGAUCAGAGUAUGUACAACUUCUUUUAGUAUAUAUUGCCGGUGUACAAUCCGUUUUCCAAAAUAUUGUCCAAUGAAUUUGACGUAAACAUAUCUUACAAUAAACAAAUAUGUUAAUCCUCCCUAAACUAGAUUAUUCUAUAUAUAUUCUUGCGUAGUAACAUGAUGGUUAAGUAAUAUUUUAACUCGUGUGGAUUUUGUCAUACUGUUCUUAACCCCCCCUACCCCCCAAAUUUGGGUGUUUAUGGUUUAUCUUGCCUUCAAGUAAUAGUAUAGAUUUUGAAAUGUUUAGGAUUGUUAACUGUUCUUUAAAAACUAUUGUUAAUUAGCCUUUGAAUUAAAACCUAACUGAAUGGAUUGAAACAAAGAUUUGAAUAUCUAGUCUUUGUGUUGUUGAGGCAGUGUACAAAUAAAUGUUUCUUUGUAACCUGUUUUUAUGACUGAAACAUCUUGAGUAGUUUAGUGUUCACAGACUCAAACACUGAAGGCCAAAGGGUUUUAUAACCACCCUGUGUGUUAGAGGUUGUAUGAAAUGAUGGGAAUGUUUCAGUAACCUACUGUGGUUUAGUUAUUGGUUUUAGCAAGUGGAAACCAAAGCUAAUGCCUUUAAAUUAAGACGCAGACAGUUUGUGUUGCCUAUGUAGGAAAUAGGGUAUUAUCUCUGCUCCUUAAUCAGCCUUGCUGUUAGCCAGGCGGCUAAUAUUUUUACUUUUAGCACAACCCAAAAAUAACUUGGUAUUGUUUUACACACGUAUAUAAGAGUGCUAGCUUUUUCGAACAGGUACGAAUUUCCUGCACUUAUACUCUAAACUGUUUUAAAACAGUCUUGAUAGAAUACUUGGGUGCUCCUCAGGGGAAGGCCCUUGAGGCGGCACAGUUCAUUAAAGCAUCUAAAGUGUUUUUGACCAGUCAGCGCCACUGUGCGCGUGCUGACGCCACAGCUGGAUAACAAUAUUCCUAUGGCUGGGUUAAGUGGCGCGGUUGAACAUCUGGGAGGGGCGUCGUUGCUGUGACAGUGUAGUCCGUUGGCCGUGUGAAAUAGAGGGCUGUCGUCCGGUGCGGAAGGGAAACCUUUCUUCCUUCUGCAAGCAGGUUUGCUGAGAUGCGCAGGGCUCCGACGCAUCGGAGGUCGCGAGGCUGCUGGUGAAUUACAAUUGGGGAAGGAAGCCACCAUGAGCGAGAAGUCCUUUUCUUAUGUGACGAUUUGCCGCACAUUCUAGUAAUUAAAGCUGUGUUUUGGAAGCGUCUGCCCUAUAGUGUCACGGCGGAAUGAAUUUUCUCGGUUUGGUUUUGCUAUAGAGGACCACGGAGACCUCCGAAGGCACCGGUCAUGCUCUCUGGUGAAGGCGUAGCUGGGAGCGUGAGUUGUUAAGUCCCCAGAAUUACAUCACAUGGAGGUCAAAGGGCAGCUGAUCACAUCCAUGGGUGUGGGGGCUCCUGAUGUUCAAGGCAGCCAGGACAGCAAGCUGCAGGCUGAGAGGAUUGCAGCUCUGCAAGAGAGGAAGCAGGCCCUGGAGGCUCUUCUUAACAGCAGAGUGGGAGAGCUCAAACAAGUCUGUUUGCAGGAAGCAGAGCUGACUGGGAAGUUACCACGUGCUUUUCCCCUGGACACAGGAGAGAAACCCCCAGUGGUGCAGCGUAGAGCUGGCUUGGCUCCUCUCACCAAAGCAGAGGAUGAAGCUGCACAAAAAAAGCAGAUGAAAGCCAUCUUCACUGGUGCUCUAUACAGACACUCAGAGUCAGACAGAAAUGUCCCAAAUAGCAAGAGGACAGUUCAUCGGGGGUGUCACACAGAGGACACUGUCGUGUCAGAGAGUACCAGCUCCAUGUCAGAUUCAACAUCCCAUGACAAUGAGUCUUCUCCCAGCGUGGCUGCCGACCAGCGUUCUCUGUCUCAGCCCGAGAUUUACUAUGAGAUGAGGACGCGUCGCAACUCAGUCACAAGCUCCGUCAGCCCAACUCACUCUUUACCAAGAAGUGCAUCUAAUGUUGAAGGUAGAAGUGUUCCAGCGACUCCUCUCUUGGCCCGUACCGCUCCAAUCAGCGUUCAUGUCAGGUCGGAUGUGUCAGGUGGUAAUGGGUUGAAGCAGUGGUCUGGCAGUCUGGAUGUGCCAUACAUGAUUCCGCUGGCUCAGGAGGGCUCCUCCUCUGACCGCAGAGGCUGCCCGUACAGCUCCCGGGCCAGGCGCAGUAACAGCUCAGAGGCCCUGCUGGAUAGAUCAAGCCUCCCUGAUGAUCCGCCUCCCAGAAAUGGGAUGCCCCCCAGAGGGGGGCCCUACAAGAGCUCUGAGACACUGACUGAUGGAAAACUGAGACAUAUUCACCUAGGUAGCCCUGAAAGAGAUGUGAAUGGCUCUGUUGAACAGGCCAAAAUGCGUCUGUCCGUGGGUGGCAAAGGGGCUGGUGGAGGCUACAAUGAGAUAUUAAUGGACUAUAUCUGGGGGAAACAACAGAGGAUGCAGGUGCAGCACCACCUGUUCCAGUCCACAGGCAGGAUCUGGCAGGACAUGUCUUCUCCUCGCUGCUCCACAGCAGCAGUCCCUCCUCAUGCCAAUGGCUUUUCUCAUUCCCAGGUGCACCUCCCCAGUGCUGCACCUCCUUACAGCCCCCUGGUCCUCCGAGGGUCCCAAGCUGAGCUGCGUAGGGUCAAGGUUACCAGAACCAAAUCUUGUGGGCCCUUUAUUCCUUUGCAACAAUAUCCACAAGAUACAAUUCUUCUAUCAGCGUAUGAGUCUCCCCUUCCUGUCUCUGGCACCACCACAUCCUCCAUCCCCAACCUGCACCCCUACCAGACUGAGCUGUCUGGUCCCUCCUUCAGCCGCAGACCCCCACAGUUCUCUCUCCCGACUCCAGAAGACUCAACCAGAAGUCUGCAUAAAGCCCUGGCUCUGGAGGGACUGAGGGACUGGUACCUGAGGAAUGCCCUCGGCUAUCCUCCUGCUGCCUCAAAAGGCCACGAGGCAGGGCUCUCUCGCCUCUCACACCCCCACCCGCUGGUGCACCAGGCCCAGUCUUUUCACGGUGAAGCAGCCAACCUCCACAGGCCUCAGAUUCCCCAGUCAGCCAGCUUCCAUGGUCACCCACUGCAUGGAAGGUCAAUGGAGUUGUCUCUCUAUCAGGAGACUCCUCAUCUGCAGAUGCAAGAGGUGACCCCAAAGGAACCCAGUGCAGAUCCAGGCACUCUAGUCUGAAGCAGCACCACACACACACACAUUAUAUGAGCAAGAAUACUGUACACGUACACUCAGACUCACAUAGUCACACACUUAUACAGACCAAUUUUUACAGUGUAACCUCAACAGCAAAGCAAAACAAAGUGACCUCAGCAGCAAGAGACUGAAAUAACUGAUAAACUGUAACUGUACAGUGUGAAAAAGCCUUGGCAAGUUCCCUGUGUUAUAUAAGUGAUCCCACCAAUAUGAACUUCACACCCACUGUUCUUGUGUGGAAGUACACUGGAGCUGACUUAUUGAUUAUCUAUCAGUAAUAUGAUUAUGCUGUACUUCACAUAUCCAUAUUUCUGGUCCAACACGAGCAGUAAAAUCCUUUCCAAUAGCCCUGAAAAUCUUCCCAGAUAUACUUUUUUUUACAGAAUAUAUACAACUCUAAAUCACUAUUUUGUAUCUUCUGAGAUGUAAAGAACGGUUAUAUUAAAGAGGUAAUAUAUUGCUCAUGAAUCAUGUAAUAAACAAAGAUGUUAUAUGAGUUCACAUCAUUUUAAAGUAUUAAUACAUGCACUGGUGAAUGUGUGUUUGUAGACUAUUUAAAAACAUGCUCCUCAUCUGCCAUGAAUUUUACAGCCAUUUGUAUUUUCCAUGUUUGAUAAAUGAAACGGGCCAUGAACUGUAGCAUACUGGUGUAGCGAACAGGAGUGCCUAAAUGUUUUAUUAUCAGAACUACACCUUGGUUAGACAACUUUAAAGUGCUUUCUAAUCAUCUGAAAAGCUAGCAUUAAGCCUCUGUGAGCGUGGUCAAGUGAAAGACAAAGCCGUUCAUGAUGUCAUUAGAUUACGCUAUUUGGAAUGAUGUCAUAUACAGUACAUUGUGAUUUUUGGGGGAGCUGGUUUCUAGCUUCAGUUUGCCACUGGCUAAUAAGUGUAGCAUUCUCUGUGCUGUCCUUGACAGAAUAAUUAGACCAGUUUAGGAAAAAAAAACCCUUAGUACUCUGUGAGACCUACUGUAUGGGAGUAGCACAUGACUGUAUGACAGACUGCUGACUCAUCAAAUCAGUUGUUUUCUGCAUUUAGUUGUGGAGGGUUCGAAAGUCAUACAGAGCAGCACUUUAUGAACAUCUUAUGCCUUAAUUCUUUAUGAAAUUGUCACCAUGAAAGAUGACAGGACAUGGUUUAUAAUGGGGCAAAAUCAAGGAAAGUGAGUUUUGUUCACUUGUGCUGAAGGUCUGUCUGAGUGUUAGUGUGUGUAUAUACGUAGUGUGGAUUGUGCUGAUGAGAUUUUGAGGGUGAUAUUUUAUUUCCAGCUGAUAUUUUAUUCCCAUACUAACAAUGUUAUUAACAAUGUAACAGAGUAACCCUAUAAUUAGAAGUUGAUCAGAGUAACCUCCCCCAUUUCUUCCACCACCAAGUGAGCACUGUUUAAUUGGUUGUAAAGAGUUGAUGGUGUGAACAGAAUAGGGCUGCUGCAGCACGGAAUGAUGGUGAGAGCAGGUCUCACACCAGUAAAUCUGUUUGAGAAUUCAUGCUGGCUUUGUAUUUGUAAUAAUUUCAACUCAUUUUUUGCCUUUACACUUUUGUAUCUCAGUAAUUAUGUGUCAUAAGUUUUUGUAAUCAGUCUUAGUAGAAUUCUGCAGUGUAAGCUUCAGAAUAAUAAAUAAAAUCCUCAAGGAAACUGAAAAUAUUUGUUUAGGUGUAAACAGAAAUUACAUUUUUUUUUUAAUUAAAGGUUUUUUCCCAUUUAAUGUACUUGAUCUUUGGCCAUGUUUGAACUAAUUUGUACUUUGUGUGUCAUAAGUGAUCGUUUCCUACGCCGUUACAAACUGUAGCAUAUUGUGGAUUGUUAGCCGGUUUCUUCUGUUGUUCUUCUGAUGUGUUCACAUCCUCUCAGUAUCCAGCUUCAUAGAGAUUCUUCCAUCUGGUUAAAACCUGAAAUCAAAGACCAAACUGCUGUGCACUGGGGGUCAUAAAUGUAUUUUUCAUAUAAUGUACUCUGUAAGUUGAAAGUAAAUGAUUUAAAUUUAGCUCUAAAGCAAAUUUACUCAAACUAUAUUAUAUUUAUGAACCUGUAACAUUUUGUAGCUAUCUAUAGUAGCUCUUUCUCAUCAGCGCAGGAUUUGGUAAUGUGUGUUAUUAAAACAAUUUAAUUCAGCAGUGUGAUGUGUUAAUAAUUGAUUAUUAAGACUUCUUCUUUUAGAUAUCUAAGUGCAGCUGUUUUCUCUUUCACUCUUCUCUUUAUAAAAAGGCCUGUGAAAUUAAAGCUAAAGAGGCCUGAGCUACACUGUAUGUAUGAGACUGCAUUCAUUCUACUAAAUAAAGUGUGACAUUGAA